AUGCAUCUGUUGCGCCCAGUGCAAAAGGGAACACUCCACAAUACAGAGCUGGCAAAGUACCUUGUAUACCGUAACACAAGCAGUGAGUCAGGUACCUCAGGCACGCGCGGCAUCGACGAUCACCUCAGCAGCCUCCCUCUACGCAAUGCACCUCUAACCUCAGCUGCCCGGCGCCCUUCUCUCGGUGUGCUCCUCGCAUCUCCGACUCCAAAUGGCCGUCUCUGCAACCUUGAAGCAGCUGGCUGCCCGCGCAAUCGCUUUCCUGGACGACCCGCCCCGACUCACCUAUGUCUUCCUGCUCAUCAUCUUCCUCGAGCUCCAACCAUCCGCCUGCUCGAGAGCGCCAUCUGCCACCAGCACUACCGCCAUGACGAGCCGGUCGGCGACAUUGACGAGUCCAUGUGCAAGCUUGUGCCUAUUCAGGCCAAACUCGCCCGAGUCCGUGGGCUCAUGAGCUUCUUUGACGCUCUACCUGUCAUCUGCUUCGGCUCCUUCUUUGGCUCGUUCGCCGACAGAAAAGGCCGUCGCUUCCCCUUUGGCCUUGCUUGUCUGGGCAUCAUCGGCGGCAUGGCUUGGAUAUUUUUUACCUGCCACCUCUGGAACCGUGUCCCCAUUGAGGUUGUCUGGUUCUCGUCACUGUUUCGACUCAUUGGCGGCGACCCAAAUCUUGCCAUUGCCCUCUGCUUGACCAUGGCUUCCGACGUGUCGACCGAGACCACCAGCUUGUCACUGCUGUGCACCUAUCCCGUCCUGCUCCGCAUGCCCGAAACGCUGUCCAAGGCCCGCCAAGAAGAGGAGCAAGAGGUCCAAGGUGGUGGCGAAGCACACAAGGCCAUGGAGCGCACCGGUCUCGCCUCAUACAACAAGUUUCUCAAAGAUCGGCGCAUACUCGUGGGCAUCAUCACCGUCUUCCUAGCUCAAUUUCGGAACAACACGAUUGAAAUCCUGCUGCCUUACACCUCCAUCCGAUUUGGACUGAAGCUUGGCGAGACGGCAACACUGCUUUCCGUCGUUUCGGCAGUGAAUAUCGUUGUCUUCCUCGUACUGCUUCCCACUCUCACCACCUGGCUGGAGGAAAAGGCCGGAUGGUCAGCCCACAGGGUCAACCUGUACGUUGCGCGGGUGAGCAGCGCCAUGCCAUCGGCAGGUGCUGCCAUGCUGGCUGCGGCUGGGAACAUCGGAGUCGUCGUGUUUGCACUCAUCAUCUACGCUGCUGGCUUCGGCGUGCGCCUUUCCAUCAUCGCUGUGCUCACCGCAUUUGUGAGCUCUGAAAAGGAGACCGCAAAGCUUUAUUCGCUGAUCGCAACCACCGACGCCAUCGCCCACAUGAUUGCAAGCCCCCUUCUCCAACUAGUCUGGGACAAAGCGCUGGACAUAGGUGGCAGGUGGAUUGUGCUACCUUUCGUUGUUCUCGCGGCCAUCUUCCUCAUCGCCUUCGGUACUUCAUUCUUCAUCAGGGAGCCACCCUCUAGUGCCACACGGCCUGGUGACGAAGACGCUCAUCGCAGCGAACAAGAGCCGCUCCUCAGUGAGGCUACGUCGGCACCACAAACUUCGCCUACCGCCUCUUCCUCGACAAUCCCGUGGGCCGCUCCCGAAACUCGACUGCAAUCCUCAAGUACUCGGCUCCUUAUACCGCUGCCGAGCCGCGUGUGCCCUUCUCCGCUGAACGCCAGGCUUUCGAAGCGCUCGCUCUUUACCCAUAUCCCGUGGCGCGAGUUCAAGUAUCCGCCCGCGGGCGACAGUCAAGGAGAAGUCGGGGCGCCCAUUGAAGCGGCAGAGGGCCAGGACCUCUCUACCACACUUCCCGAGGGCUUUCUGGACGAUCGUGAAAACCAUGUGACAAUCAUCGAGGAUUGCACACCGAGGACUGAUGCUGCAGCCGGUAUCGUCUGGGAUAACCUUGGUCGCCGAUUGGGUCUUUUCCUUGCCCAGCUGCAUGCUUGGGGUGCUGGGCCUGGUCACACAGAGGCUGAUGGUCUGUUUGGUACUAAUUCGUCGGCGAAGGAGCUCAGUAUCGAAGAGACGUUUACGGAUUUCUUCAAGAAUGUCGCCGCGACUGGGUACACAGUCGAUGACAAUCGCAAGACACUGCUAGCGGCUCUCGAGGGAUUAGAGCGGGAUGUGCGGGAGAAGCUCGAGACCUGUAUCAUGAUGGGAAGCGUAUUGGUCAACUUCGAGAACAACGGCAUCCUGCCGAGCGUCAGUGUGAUUGACUGGGAGUUCGUCAUGAUGUCUCCUGCUUUCAUCGACGUCGGCAACUUCGCCGCUGAGCUAUUCCUAAUCAGUUACUACGAGGGCACCGACUCUACGUACGCAACCGUGCUUGAGGCCUUUGCCAAGGCGUAUCACGAGCUCGGCGGCCCACUGGACAUCCAGCAGGCCAUCCGGUUUGCCGGCGCCCACAUCAUGAUGUCACUCCCCAGACGACUGGACUCGCCACGAAGCAUGGCUACCAGAGACACGGCGGCCCCUUGUGUGGACCAGGCACUCAAGUUCAUCACGAACCCGGAUUUUGACUAUCUGGAUAAUCGACAUCAGGACCCCUUUGCGAAUAUGGUGCGGCUGAUGAAAGAACGCCGGCAGACGAUGCAGCCGUAG